AUGUACUUGGAUAACAAAGAUGACAGUACAAUUUCUAGACAACAGGAGAUGGAUCUGAAUCAGACAUCUUUACAUCAAACCAGUUUAUCUGCAAAGGUGGCAGCCCCCCCCAAACCGGUGACCAGAAGUUGCAAUGAGCUGUGGCUAUUAAAAGAGCAUCAUGGCAUGGUAGCGAGCCUUGGAGAGCCACAGACGCCGUGUGAAAAACCAGCAAUAGGGGAGGAUGGCUGCGUUGCUCCGGGGAAGGAUUUCACAUCCGUCCCGAUGCAGGGAAGAUAUCACUUCAAUUUUUCCAAAUUAUUCAGCUCAAGGUCAAAAAACACUGGCUUUACAGAGAAGACACCACUACUGAAGGUUUCCUCAGAGGAAAAUGGGUUGCAGUGCAUGGCUCUUCAUAAUCCAGAUUUUACCACAGAUGAUGAUUCAUGGGACAACAGCUCUGCAGAAUUUGAGCAAAGAUUUCAACUGGGAAAUGAAAUGACAAGUUUGUCCAAAUCUGCUUCUUCUGAGAAAUACGAAAUCUUGGACAACCUUCAUGUCAAGUUCAAUUUAUCAAAGAUGAGAUGCUGUCUAAAAUUCCUAAAAGUUUCAGGCCUUUUUAUCUUUGUAGUUAUCUGCUCUAUUUUAUUUGGCAUUUAUCCAGACCAAGGUGUGUCCUGGCAGAUGUUGGCUGUGUCACCUCUGGAAAGCUUCUCUAUGAAUCUGACCGAUUUUCGUGAUUCUGCUCUAUUGAAGUUAGACAUAGGAGGCCCAUUUGUAGCAAAUGUAGUUGAUGAGCAAACAGAGGAAUACAUUGUAGUACAAAUCAGCCAGACUGAAGAUGCUGGAUCAAGGAGAAGACACCAGCAACAGGUGGUAUACAACUGGUCUCUACCCUUAAGUUCAAGAAGAAAUCAACAAACCAUCACAACUAGAACCUUUCAGAUACCAAACAGAGGCACCAUCUUCAUAAACAUUCAAGCUUUCCUACAGGAGCCUGGAAGUGUUCCUCUCUCCAUGAAGCAUCAAUACCUUCAUGCAAAUAUAGAGGCACAAGUAACAAUUGCGUCCAUCAUCUUAGUAGGUGUCUACGUGCUGAUCGUACUGGAA